AUGCCCCGCGGUCUCCUGCUCGUCGGCGUCGUCCUGGCGGCACAGCUCUGUGCGUGCACUGCGCAACCGUACGUUGGCAGCCGCGGCGCCGACGGGUUUAGCGUGGAGUUCAUGCACCGGGACUCCGUCGGAUCGCCGUUCCACGACCCAUCGCUCACCCCCCACGGCCGCGUGCUGGUGGCCGUGCGGCGGUCGACGGUCGCCGCGAAAUGCAUGUCGACUUCGAGGGUCGACUCGCCGACUUUGGACGGCACCGUGUCCGAGGCCAUCCACAGGUCGUUCGAGUACCUGAUGGCCGUGGGCAUCGGCACUCCACCCACACGGAUGCUCGCCAUCGCCGACACCAGCAGCGACCUCGUCUGGUUCAACUGCAGGAACGGCACCGGCGCCGCCCCUGUCCGUCCUCCGAGCGUCGUCGUGUUCGACCCAGACAACUCGACGACGUUCGGCCUCGUGGGCUGCAAGUCCCGCGCAUGCCGCGCGAUCCCCGACGGCAUCACGUGUACCCUCGCCUCCAACUGCAAGUACAUCUACUCCUACGGCAACAGCUCCAGGACGAGCGGCCUCAUCUCCACCGAGACCUUCACCUUCGCCCACGUCCCCGGCACCGCCCGCGGCCAUCGGGGCCGGAGGAAGCGCGUGGCCACCGUGAACUUCGGCUGCUCCACGGCCACGGCCGGCACGUUCCAAGCGGACGGCGUCGUGGGCCUCGGAGGCGGCGCCCUCUCCCUCGUCACGCAGCUCAGCGCCCACAAAUCGCUCGGCGGUCGGAGGUUCUCCUACUGCCUGGUGCCCUACUCCGUGAACGCCUCCUCCGCGCUCAACUUCGGCGCCCUCGCCACAGUGAAGGACCCAGGCGCGGUGACGACGCCGCUGAUCCCAUCCCUAGUGGACACGUACUACACCGUCGACCUCCAAUCCGUAAAGAUCGGGAACGCGACCUUCGCGGCGCCGCACGGGCACCACCACGUCAUCGUCGACUCCGGCACCACGCUGACGUUCCUCGCCAAGGCGCUGCUGGACCCAAUGGUAAAGGAGCUGAGCCGGUGGAUCAAGCUCCCCCGGGCGCCGUCACCUGACAAGCUCCUGACGCGGAGCCACUUCUAUUAG